AAAACCAAAAUGGCAGUUGGAUUAACGUUUGCAAACUCGGGGUCUCAAGUUUUUUGGGCUGAUAGAGUACUUUAUACAAUUGAAAGCAUUAUGCUGGAUGGCUCCAACCACAAGGUUAUUCGUAGUCGGCUGCAAGGUUUGGUCUUAUUUGCCACAGGUCAAGAUAUUUUGCUCUGGACAACAUACAAUAAUGGUUCUACAACGAUCUGGUUUAGCAAAGCCGAUGAACUGGGUCACGGGUUUCUACAUGUUGAACAACCCUUAGUAGAUUUAAAAGUAUACAACCGACUAGAACAGCAAGGCAGCAAUAGAUGUUCAGAAAACAAUGGCGGUUGUGGACAAAUUUGUUUGCCAAAUUCUGAAGGCCGUACAUGCAAAUGCUCAACGGGUCAGCGUUUGAUCAAUGCUACUACUUGUGUAGAAGAGUUGAGAUGCCCAGAUGGAUUCCAAACAUGCAAGGACAAGUUGAAGUGUGUCACUGUUAACCAAAUAUGUGAUCGCCAUGCUGACUGUCUAGAUGGGUCUGAUGAGAAAAGUUGUGUCUUUCUCGAUCAUGAGCUUAAAACUAAACCAGCCAAGCUGCCAGGGGCGACCAAGGUUCAUGAUUCCAAUGGAGAGAGAAUUUCUCCGACUGAAACACCAGCCCGCGGACUUGGUUCAACUAUUGACAUGACAAAUUCAGAAUUUGAUCUGCCGUCAGAUUUUGGAAGGAAAAUGGAAUCCAGACCGUGUAACAGUGAAACCUGUAAUAUGAGAGGAACGUGUGGGGUUGAAAAUGAUGAAGUUAAAUGCCAGUGUAUGCCAGGCUAUAGUGGACUGUUUUGUGAGACUGGACUGAAACCGCUUGCACUUCCAGCGACUCUUGGUACCAUCGCGGUUUUGAUCGCUAUAGUUUCUGCAGUUGUGAUACUUGUAUAUGUCACAAGACGGAAGGCUUUGCAAAGGACCAUGAGUUGUGCAUCUACAAGAAGCCUAACUCAAAACACAAAGGUCGUGGAGCAAUUGGAAUUUGAGAAUGUAGCAUCUGAAACGUUCCUCAACGAGGCUUUUGAUUCUGAAGGCUUUACUUUGGAGCAGGGUCAUGCUUGAGAUAUCUUGCAAAGAUGCCAGGAGUUGGUAAUGCCUUUGCAGGAUUCAAUGUGACUUCAGCUGCACAGAGAAAUUAACAUUUUGAAGCCGAAAUCA